AUGAUGGAACAUUUAAAUACACAAUACGUCACAAAUGUCGAGCACCAACCAGAAUCCUCACUUCGGCGAGUUCCAAACAAUAGCAGCCCCGGAGAAAUCUUGACAAUUGUCAAAGCCGAUGGAGGAGUCAUCAUCGAAAACUUCCUGGCCGCAGAUCAACUACAGCGCUUGAACAACGAAAUUGACGCCUCGGUGGCGCAAGCUGUCUUGGGCUCAACCCACAGCGAUAAAUUCAUCUCGACCUUCCACGGUGCCAUGACCAAACGCAUCACCAAUCUUGUGACGUUAAGCCAAACCUUCCGCGACACGCUGCUAGACAGCGAUUCAGUGCAUGCGAUUGCUGAGCGAGUCUUUCAGGAAGAGGCACAGAGCUAUUGGAUGAGCACUGCGCAGGUCAUCGAGAUCAGCCCCGGCAAUGACGCCCAGCCUCUCCACCGAGAUCUGGAAAACAGCUACCCCUUCAUCGCCAUGGGACCCACGGGUCCGGAAGUCAACCUUAACUUUUUAAUCGCUCUUUCGGAUUUUACUGAAGAGAACGGGGCUACGAGAGUCAUACCUGGCAGUAAUCACUGGCCUGACUUCAAUGAUCGCGGGACGGCCGAGAUGACCAUCCCGGCAGAGAUGAACGCGGGUGACGUGCUCUUGAUCUCUGGGAAAGUGGUUCAUGGUGGCGGCGCUAACAGGUCGGUCGAUGUGAAGCGUCGAGGCCUUGCUUUCACAUUUUCACCAGGCUACCUGACGCCAGAAGAGGCCUUCCCGUUUUUAAUCAAGAUGGACGUGGUGAAGCAAAUGACUCCACGGGCGCAGAAAAUGAUCGGAUUUCGGAGUCAGUAUCCUAAAGGAAGUCCGGGGUUGUGGCAGAUUGAUUAUAAGGAGAUUGGAGACUAUUUAGCCCUGUAA